GCUAGCUGUGAUCUACAUUCUCCUCUGACCCCCCCGCCUCCUCAGCAGUAUUUGCAUACAGAGAAGCAGAGCACCUCCCUCAGUCUUUCGGUCUUCCUUUCCAUGGAAUAACUCCUGUAACCGGACUUUCCUCUCCAGUUUGCCCAGCAGAGAAGGAAGUUCAACUGGGGUGGUUAAACUCUCCACCGCUGAAAAACACACCCACGAAAACAACCCGACGAACCAGCGUGGUUUUGUGACUUUAGGCUACUUAUUUAAGAAUUUGACUUCCAACUUUCUGCGUUUGUUUAUUUUUAUUUUUUUUCUCUCUCUCGGUUUUUGUGGGGGGUCUACAAGAGCUGAUCCACUCCGCCGAUCCAUCAAGAUGUCUGUCCACACGACCCAGAAAAGGACGACGACCUACCGGACCGUGAACGUGGCCUCUCCGGAGCCGGUGACCAGCACGGUGAUCUCCUCCGGGUCGGUGUCCCCGAUGCCGUACGCGGUGAACGGCAACUAUGAGACGAUGCGGUACCUGGUCCCGGUGCAGCAGGCCGUGCAGCAGCAGUCCUACAUCCCGGUGCAGCAGCAGUCCUACAUCCCGGUUCAGCAGCAGCAGCAGCAGGCCUACUACGUGAUCCAGCAGCCUAACAUGGUGAUGCAGCAGCAGAUGGUGUCCCCGGUGUACCUGCAGAACAUGUCCCACCUGAGCGUCAGCAGCCUGGACUCCGCCGACCUGAUGUACCAGCACAUCAGCGGGAAGUCUUCAGUGUUCAGCCAGUCAUCAAGUCCUAUCAAGAGCCCUGAGCCAAAAGAGGAAGAACAGGUGGAGGUGGAAGAGAUCGAGAUUGUAAACGUCAUACAGCAGAAGCAGCAGCCGCUGGAGAAGAUCUCCAGGACGGAAGUGAAGACCGAGCUGAGGGAAAUUCCCCAGCCGACCAAGUUGGACACGCGUUACUUUGGCGAGCUGCUGGCCGAUGUCUACAGGAAGAACUGUGACAUCCACUCCUGCAUCUCUGAGCACGUGUCCAAGAUCCGUGGACAGAAUCACCAGCUGGAUCCCAGCAAUGACUACAAGGUGGAUAGAGAGGAGGUGGAGGCUUUGCUUCCCAAAGGAGCCAGUGAAAUGACCAAACAACAAAUCCGCUACCUGCUGCAGACUCGUCUCACUGCAGAUAAGAGCAUGCGCCUACUGCUGUCCACCUUCAGCAGUCUGAGAGAGGAGCUCCUCCACAUGUCUGAGGACCUGCGGCGUCUGGAGAGUGACAAGGAGUCUUUGGAGAGAGAUCUUAGUUUCAAAGCAGACCAGGCUCAGCAGUAUGACUGCCUCCUGGAGGCCGUCCGAGAAAACAACAGACAGCUCCAGGUGUCUUUGAAGGAGAGCAGCAGUAUCCAGCGUUCCCUGGAGAGCCAGCUCCUGAGCGCCCGAAACAGCGACUCGAGCCGCGACUUCAGGGUCAAAGAGAUGGAGGGGAGGAUGAGAGCGCUGGAGAAGGAGAAUGAGAUACUCCGACAGAAGCUGGCAGGCCAGGGCAGCAGCACCAGCCUGCAUAUCAAGACAGAGGAGUUGUCACGUCAGUACAAAGAUCAGCUCAGCUCUUUGAGACAAGAAAAAGACCAGGAGAUACAGAGGCUGCGGAACCAGAUAACAACGAUCAGGACGGAGGUCACCACCGAGAACUCGUCCUCAGACAAGAGUCUCCAGCUGAAAAUCUCAGAGCUGCUCGCCACUUUGCAGCAGCGGCAGACCACCAUCACCCGACAGGAGGAGGAGAUCAGGAAGCUGAUGCAGGAGAGGAGCGACAGCUCCAAGAACCAAGUCACCAAAACCAUCAUCACAAAGAGGUACAGGAACCAGUACCCUCUCCUUGGUCUGUUGAGCGACGACUACAACGUCACCUCGCCCGUCAAAGAAGCCAAGACCAUCGUCAUCGAGAAAACUGGGGAGAUGUACAAGCAGGAAAUCAUUACAACCCCUUAAAGACACACUGCUUCUCUCCGACAGGAAUGAUUAAGAAGACCCAGACGUCACCCACCCUCCCACUCUGCAUGCUCCUCCCCCUUCCCUCCCUCAUCCUCAGGGCUCCCAGGGUUGGUGGUGGUUGAAAUCCCUCCCCCCCUAAAUUUGGGAUCAUUGGUUCAAAUCUUUGGUUUGACGAAAUUGGGCUGGUACCCGUUUUAUUUGGGCUUAAUAUGACAAGGAAAGAAAUCUAUGCUACAGCCAGGAGGUGGUGCAAUGAAUCAUGACAACUGGGAACUGGUUGAGAUUUGAACAGAGGACAGUUUUGUUAAAGAAUCUGAGCUGAGAUGAUUUACUAAUUGGCACAAACAGCUACUUCCUCUACUUUAUCAUCUUUAUAACUGUGUUCUGCUUGUUUAAGUUGAAAACAUGUCAGAUCACAGUUAACCAAGUAAACGUUGACUGGGUCCCAAACUGGCUUGGAUUGGCUGCCCUCCAUACUGCCCGCAGUAGUUGAAACUAAAUAUCAUGUGGAAAUGAUAAAAAUGCAAAAUGUGUAUGAGGUUGUUAAAAAUAAAAGUCUAUGCUACUCUAACAUACUCUUUUUCCAAUUUAAUACAAGCAAUCUCUUGAUCUGACUAUGUACAAUAACACUAAAACAUAGCCUACAAUAUUUCGAUGAAGAAUGUGCUUGGACCAGGCAAAUAAAUGAUUAGCACUCUGCAGUAGGGUUGGGAAAUGACGAUACAUUGCCUGCAAUCAAAUCACUAAACGUGAUUUUGUGAUAUAAUGCAAGACAGUCAUCUGUGAUACAUUACAGUGUAUGUAACUGAAGAGAAGUGGUAAACUAUAUGUGAAAAAAAUCUAGGAGUUUCCUGUAUUUGUUGCCUGCAUGAUGAGGACAUUCACAUACAACUGUGACAAACAAUGUGAGGCACAAACCAGGAAAAGGCCAAAUGGUUCAGAGUUAAACAUUCUGGAGUAAAAGAUAGUUGCAGCUUAGUCUCAGUAUCACAGGAGAUUGUAUUGUGAUAUAUAAAUGUAUUGAUUAUUUGUCCCAUCCCUACUUGGCAGCUCAUAAAUUACAGUAAGGCUGCAUUCAAGCCUGGAUGUUGUCUUCCCUUGAAUCAAAAGGGGGAUAUCCCGAAAAUGCUUGGAUGAAAGAUAGCUUCCAAACAAAGUGAAACUGAUGGAGUGUCCCAAAUCUAUACUACAUGCUAAUUCUUAGCAGGUUUUGAGUAUGUAUCCACACAUCAAAACCAGACAGUAUGUACACAUAUACAGUUGUUUUGCGAGUGUGCUGGAUGUUUUCCAACAUGCUUUGCACAAAAAAAGGAGAGGAGCUGCUCACAAGUGGAAAUAAUUUAAACAUGGAUGAUGGUGAGAUUCCUGAAAUAUCUUAAAAAACAAAAAAAGGUAUUACUUCUAAAAAAACAAAAACAAUUUGCUUUCUCUUUGUGAAGUUUAAUUGGCAGUGAUGGCGUCCGAUGGCGUCCAAUGUCGUACCUAUUGAAUCAUUUCCUGUUAACGUUGGUAAAGCAGUGCUAAAACAGUAUUCUAUGUCGAUUAGUAGCCAUUGUAGUACAUACUGUAUAGAAUUAUGAUAUUGUAUGGAUUUGGGAAAGUUUAAAAUGUAAAGUUAGUCUUACUAAAUUUGUCAUUAUCUGAUCAAUUACAACGCCACGCAUGUUUUUCAUAUAAUAUAGUUCAGGACCGUUCUGUUUCAUCAUUAGUUGAUCCUUUGCUGAGGGCUCUGGUCUUUACUUCACAAAUGUCCUCACCAUGGGGCUUACUGAAGGGAAGACGAUGUGCUGGGGUAGAACCACAUGCUGCCUAAGUUACCAAACGAGCGCCGCCUCAGUUUCCAGUUGUCACUAAUGCACGUUUAGACAAGACUGGCACCAUCAAGCAUGUAGCAUGAGAUCCUCCUCAAAGCCACCACAGCCAUGUUAGCUCAGGGGAUAAGGAAGUGGAUGUGUUACUAUGAUUGCUACUCUGCAUGUAAAUAUGUAUGUAUAUAUA